UGUGAAGUUUGUGGGAAGAACUUUUCAAGUAAAACAUACCUGAAGGAGCAUAUGCAAAUACAUACUGGAGAAAAAAUAUUCAAAUGUGAUAUUUGCAACAGGUUAUUUUCUUUUAAAAGUUCUUUUUAUCAUCACAUGAAAAUGCACUCUGGGGAAAAACCAUACCAAUGUGAUGUUUGUGGAAAAGCAUUUAUCAAAUUAAGUGCUGUCAAAUGCCACAAGAAGGUGCACUCCAAAGAAAAACCUUACCUAUGUGAUAUUUGUGGAAAAUUCCUUGCCAGUCCAAAUGGACUUAAACAUCAUAUAAGUGGACAUGGGCCUAUUAGAGAAAAGAUAUACCAGUAUAAAUGUGAAGCUUGCGACAUGUCAUUUACCACGUCUUCUAUCCUUAGAUGUCACAAGAAAGUGCACCUUGAUGAAAAACCUCAUGAAUGUGAAGUUUGCGGAAAAAGAUUUUUGCAACGGUUUACUCUUAAAAUUCAUAUGAGCAUACAUUCUGGAGAAACAUUCAAAUGUAAUGUUUGUAGAAAAGAUUUUUCACAAAAAGUUGCACUGAAACGUCACUCAAGAAUACAUACCGGAGAGAAACCCUUUAAAUGUGAUGUUUGUGAAAAGAGUUUUACGCAACAAGAUGCACUGAAACGUCACUCGCGAAUACAUACUGGAGAAAAACCUUACAUGUGUGAUGUUUGUGGAAAGCGUUUUAAUCAAGGCAGCAUGUUGAAAGGACAUAAGAAA